UCUACUGAACUCUUCAAGAUGAAAGGCAUCUUCGCUCUGGGCUUCGUGGCCCUUUUUGCCACACUACUGCCUCAAGUAGCGCCACAAGACAACCCUCUCUUUAAGGGACUCAAUGAGGGACAGUGGUUGCAGCUCUUGUAUACAUUUGGUGGAGAAUUUCGACGCUUAACAGGCCUGUAUGAAAUAAUGAAAAGUAUAAGCGUGGAACGAUCUUUAAGUGAGUUAGAUAUAAUUUAUGGAGAAAUCCUCAAUGCUGUAAAGGAACUGGCCAAUAAUCUCAGAGGAGAAGCUGAAAAUGACAACAAGGCACUUCUAGGCGACGUGAUCAACAAUUUAGAACGAAUAUUAGCAACAGUCGAUGAGUUCGCAUCGAGCACAGAUAGAGAGGUUUUAGUUACGUUGAAGGCUGAGAAACAUGAUUUAUUUGAGGAAGUAGCAAAUACAUUCCGUACAAUUAUUACGGACGAUGAGUUUCGCAGGAGUGAAGUUGUUGGCACAAUUUACACGCUUGAGGCUCUUAUAGAUGAAGCUCAACAAAGGAAAUUAGACGAGACCGCCACCGCUGGAGGUGCUCCAACCGCCUAGAUCAAUGGAUAUUAAUACACCCAAACCGGAUCUUCAAAAAAAUCUACACGGAAUCAGCAUUGCCAAUGGAAUCUUGCCUUUACCUGUAAAGGAGAUCAUUCACGCUCCAUACAUUUCUGGGCUCUUUUUUGAAAGUGUCGGCCAACAAACAAAAAAUGGCACGAUAAAAUUAGCAAUUUGGAACAAUAGCUGAUAUGGCAUAAAAGUUGUAGGAGGGCUCUGAAACAAGUUAUACAGGUUCGACGAUUCGUUAUUUCCAUAUAUUUUGUCGAUUUUCAAAAGUGCCCGCCAAGAAAAAGCGGGCACAUUUAAAAGUUGACAAAAUGUAUGGAAAUAACGAAUUAUCGAACCUGUAUAAUUUGGUUCAGAGCCACCUGACAACUUUUAUGCCAUAGUAGCUAUUUCUUGAAAUGAUUAGUUCUAACGAUUCGUGCCAUUUUUUUUGUUGGUCGGCACUUUCAAAAAAGAGCCCAAAAUGAAUCCUUUAGUUAUUCGUUUAUAUAUAAAACUUAUAUGAGGCGAGUGAAUAGCUAAAACAUUACGUAAUGCGUAUGUGGAGUCAUCACAAGUUACAACAUCAUGGAGAAUGUAUUAAGGACUCUCACUGUUAAGUUUACUGUUAUAAAAAUCAAACAAACUAUACCGCAAUGCAAUGCGGUGGGUGGUGCCAUCUGUUAUCAAUACUUGUAAAGUUGCACUACAAAUACUAUUCUGACUUAUACAACUCGUGCGAAUUACACUCGUCCUUAUAAAUUUGACUACCAAAACAUAGUUUCUUCUCUAGUUUCGGUUUCGGUAUUAGAAACUGAGAUUGAAGCCGAAAUUCGUUUUCGGUUCCGGCCGUGCGAGGAUUCCUGAUCCAGAUUCGAGCUAGGUGUCAAGUUAAUUUGCACGAGUUGUAUAUGAUACGACCACAUUAGCGGCAUUUCUUUAGUGCAUUUACUCGCUGUAAAAUACAUGAUAUACUAUAUAUAUCUAUAUUACAUAAAUCUGUUUGUAUACCAACAGCCUGGCUGUAUUAACGAAUAUUCUUUUUUAUAGGUAAUGAAUAAUAUAAAAUAUUAUAUUUUUUUGUUCACUGCGUUAUAUUUAUAAAUGUCAUUCUAAAUCAAAACUAUCUUAUUGUUUUAAUGCGUUUAAAUUGUGUUAUAUUCAUUCAAUUCAAUUCUAUUAAAAUUCAUUUAUUUCAAUUAGGCUUAGUUUACAAGCAUUUUUGAAAUGUCAUGUUGUGUCAUAAUUUAAUUUAAUCUAAUGGUGGUAAUAAUAGUCGGAAACUUAACGCUAAAGUUACAAGGGUUCCAAACGCGCUUUGGUCCGAGAAGAGCCCACAACAAACUCAGCCAAGGUUUAUUAUUAAAAGCCUCAAUAGCUCAACGGUAAGAGCGGUCGGACUCAUCACUAAGGAGUGGUGGUUCAAUCCUCACCCCGUUGGUCUAUUGUCGUACCCACUCCUAGCACAGACUUUGUCGACUAGUUGGGGGGGAAUGGGAAUAUUGGUCAUAUUAUAAAAAAAAAGAUAUGGUAAAUAUUCUUUUAUAAAAUAAAUUAUUAAUUAUCAUUAAUAGAUUAAUUAAUGGAAUAAAUAUUAUUAAUUAUCAUUAA